AUUCGAAGGGGAAUGGCCUCCAUACCCACAGCCUCAGGGAUGGGUUACCUGAAGCUGCUGAUGGUGAAGGACUUCAAGUCCUGGCGUGGGGAGCAGCUGAUCGGCCCCUUCAUGAGGUUCAACUGCAUAAUUGGGCCUAAUGGAUCAGGAAAAUCUAACAUAAUGGAUGCUGUUAGUUUUGUGCUGUGUGAAAAAAUAGCUAAUUUGCGAGUUAAAAGUGUUCGAGAACUAAUUCACGGAGCACAUGUUGGAAAACCAGUUUCUUCUACAGCAAGUGUAAAGAUAGUAUACUGUGAAGAAGAUGGGGAAGAAAAAACAUUUUCAAGAGUUAUCCGUGAUGGUUGUUCAGAAUAUAUUUUCAAUGAUAAGUCUAUUACCCGGUCUGCUUACAUAUCUGAACUUGAAAAAAUAGGCAUACAUGUCAAAGCUAGGAAUUGUCUUAUUUUUCAGGGAACAGUAGAGUCAAUUGCAAUGAAGAAGCCAAAAGAAAGAACUCAACUUUUUGAACAAAUCAGUAACUCGUGCCAAUACGCUGAGGAAUAUGAAAAAAAAAAGAGAAAAAUGCUGCAAGCGGAAGAGGAUGCACACUUCAAUUAUAACAAGAAAAAAAAUAUUGCAGCAGAACGCAAGCAAGCAAAGAUAGAGAAAGAGGAGGCAGAGCAUUACCAGAUGCUUGUCAGAGAACUGAAUGCAAACAGGAUACAGCUUCAACUUUUCCAGCUGUAUUACAAUGAAAGAAGCAUUGAAUCUCUGAAAGAGAGUUUGGAUGAAAAGAAUAUGGAGGCUAGGAUCAAGAAAGACUCCCUUCUUACAGCAGAAGAUGCCUUUAGAGCAAAGAAAAAGGUGCUUGGUGUACUAAACAGAGACCAACAACACAUAGAAAGAGAAAUGAAGACUCUUCAGGCAUCCCUGAUUCAGCAGAAAGCCCUCUAUAUAAAAGCAAAGGAAAAUACUUCCUACCAAAUCAAGAAAGUAGAAAUGUCUAAAAGAUCUCUAAGGGACAAGGAGAAAUACAGUGAUAAGGAAAAACAGAACAUAAAAGAACUGGAGAUAGAAUUGCAUGAUACUGAAAAGGCAUGGAGGGCAUUUGAGAAGGAAACUGAAGAGGAGAUAUUGCUGAGAGUGGAACAUGUUGAGCUGAGAGAACGCCAGCUGGAGCGCUAUAAAGAACUAAAGGAAAUAGCAAGAAGGAAAGUAGCUACGCUAACGCAGCAGCUAGGUAAACUUCGUUGGGAGCAAAAAGCAGAUGAAGAAAGGGUGAAACUUUAUCAGAGGAAGAAAAAGGAAAUUAAGGUAUUUGUAUCAAGCUAGAAUUAUGCUUUAAGGAAAAAAAAGUACUUUUUCUGCCCCCCUACCUCUGAUAUGAAUGUCUACAUAAAUGUGUUAAAUGCUGUGACAGAAAUCCUUGGCAAAGGAGAUAAAUUGCAAGUACUCAUGCAUUUCUCAUA